UUUGAGUGGUUAGAAGUGUGUAGAUCAAGUUGAUUCUGUUUUGGUGAAUGCUUAAUUAUGUCUAGUGCUAAUUGCUUUAUUGAUUUCUCUAUGAAAAAUGAAAAAAAUAAGCUGAUCUUUAUCAAUAUCAUUGAUGGUAAUUGGUAUGAGUGUCAUGUUUGUUUGGGAAUCUAACUCUUACUAACAAAGUGAAAAUUCAGGUAGCUAACUGAGCUACUAAGAUUCCCCAUCAGAAGAAAAGAAUUGUUUUUUGUUCCUUAGUAUAUUGUUUUAUUUUGGGAAAAUGAACUAGUUUGGUAUUCUUGGAGCUUAUGUUUAAUUCCUUGUGAAAGUAGUUUGAAGUAUCUUAUAUCAGUAUUGUUGUGAAUUAGAAUUUUAUAAUAAUCACUGAUAGUACUGUUUAAAUUAACCAAGCUAGUUUGAGACUGAAUAUGUUGUUAUUGCUGUCGACUAUAAUAAUAAUGGCUGAUAUUUGGUAUUUGUCAUGUGCAGAUAUUUUCUAAAGAAACCAAUAAGUGAAAGCUUGUGUGUAUCAAGUCGGUGAAGUUCUGAAUCCUCGAUCGCUGAGUUUCUGAAUUCAAAUAUGACGAUUGGAAGCCUAAAACAAGCAAAAGAGAAGAAAUCACGAAAAAACAAACAAGCAGUGGUUGAUGAGCAAUCACCAUUGUUGCCUACUAAGCAUAAGGAAGAUGCUGGAUUUGAUGAGUUCGAUGGGGCUUCCUUUAGUGGGGCUGUAUUUAAUUUAUCAACCACAAUUGUUGGUGCAGGAAUCAUGGCCUUGCCUGCGACUAUGAAGUCGUUAGGUCUUAUUCCUGGGAUUGCUAUGAUCGUCUUCAUGGCUUUUCUGACAGAAACUUCAAUUGAAUUGUUGAUUAGAUUUAGCAGGACUUCUAAAUCUGCUUCUUAUGGAGGUCUUAUGGGAGACACCUUUGGAAAGUAUGGGAAGAUGUUGCUCCAAAUAUGUAUACUUGUAAACAACAUAGGUGUUCUUGUUGUAUACAUGAUUAUAAUUGGUGACGUGCUCUCUGGAACAAAGUCAAGCGGAGUUCACCAUGCUGGUGUCCUGGAAGGCUGGUUUGGGACUCACUGGUGGAAUAGUCGGUUCUUUAUUCUUCUUGUCACCACUCUUGGCAUAUUUGCACCAUUGGCUUCCUUGAAGCGUAUAGAUUCAUUGAGAUUUACGUCUGCAUUAUCAGUCGCCUUGGCUGUUGUAUUCCUGGUUGUGACUGUGGGAAUUACCAUAUUCAAGCUAAUGAAUGGAACCAUUCUUAUGCCCAGAUUGUUUCCUGAUGUGUAUGAUAUAACAUCAUUCCUUAAGCUCUUUACAGUGGUGCCUGUACUCGUUACUGCAUAUAUAUGCCACUACAAUGUUCACUCCAUAGAAAAUGAACUUGAAGACAGCACACAGAUCAGAGCAGUGGUGAAAAGCUCUCUUGCUCUUUGCUCAAGUGUGUAUGUGUUGACGAGCCUGUUUGGUUUUCUCCUAUUUGGUGAUGCAACCCUUGAUGACGUGCUUGCCAACUUUGAUACCAAUCUUGGAAUUCCCUUAGGCUCCUUGCUCAAUGAUGUCGUUCGUGUCAGCUAUGCUGCCCACCUAAUGCUUGUCUUUCCCAUCGUCUUUUAUCCAUUGAGGCUUAAUUUGGAUGGUCUUCUCUUUCCUUCUGCAAGGCCUUUGACUUGUGACAAUUUGAGAUUUGCAUUGAUCAGCAGUGGGCUCAUAGCCAUCAUCUUUCUGGGUGCAAAUUUCAUCCCAAGCAUCUGGGAUGCUUUUCAAUUCACUGGGGCAACUGCUGCUGUUUGCAUUGGGUUCAUAUUUCCUGCUUCUGUUACUCUCAGAGAUCGAUAUGGCAUAGCAACAAAGAAGGACAAGAUCUUGUGUAUAUUUAUGAUCGUCAUUGCUGUGUUUUCAAACGUGGUGGCCAUUUAUAGUGAUGCCUAUUCCUUGAUUAAAAAGAAUUCAUCACCAAGUGAGUGAUUUUCUCAUUUCGCC